CUUUUUGGCUUGAAAAUGGCAAGUUGGGAACUACUGUUUAGACUGCAUAUAAUAUCUAAGAUUUGCUCUUUCGAGGUUUUCAAUCAAAUUUGAUAAGGAUGGUUAUCUGCUUUAAUUCGUGGCAAUCAUCUGUUUGCUUGUACGUUCUGACUUAUGAGGCUUUGGAAAAAUGUAGUCCAUUUGAAAAAGUGACAGAGAGACAGAGAGGCCAUGUGCCAACAUAGACCAAUUCUAGUCCAAUCAGAGGGCGCCAUCGGAUACUACAGGCUAAUGCAAAAUUUUCACGCAAAAUAAAGGUUUUCCCGUUCCCAAACGAACACGAUGAUUAAGGACCCAAACGGCUAACCGAAUCUCUCUCUCUUUUCCUCUCUAUCGCUGCAAAUCUACCUGCAUUUUGCGAAUCCAAUAAAUCUCUUCUUUACACUUUCCCGGGAUCUGGGCCUCCUUUAUUUUCCCUGCAAAAAAAGAAAAAGAAAGCAAGAUAUUGUCUUCCACUCACACUGACACAUGAACCUAAAUGAAGUUAGAGUCCUUCAAUCAUUGGGUUUCAGUCAAGUUCUGAGUGUACGACCGGGAUCUCAAGUGGGUGCCUGAUAUAUAUAUUCUUGGGUAUUUUCUAUUUCCUGCUAAAGAGUUCACACACUUCUAGAAGACACCCAGGUGAUUUAAUGAUUUUGUCGUAAAAGUGUGAGACCCAGAUCCUGCAAUUUUUAUCUAGUUUCCAAUCUGGGGCACUCUUCAUUUUUUCGCUGUAACAUUCACACGCUCCUCUUGGACACCAAAGAUUGAGUCAUCCAGAUUUUCACUUCAUGGACUAGAUCUUGAAAGGGUGUUUGGUAAUUGAUCUUGGUUUGUUUCUUAAGAUUUUUGGCACCAAAUCGCCUUAGGAUUUUGUUUUUUGUGAGGAGUAGAUGGCUUAUCCACCAGACCAAGGACUCUAUACUGGUGUUUUGAGGUUGGUGUUGGUUUUGGUCGGGGUGAGUUUGGUUGGCUUCACAGUCGGGCCAUCCAUGUUACGGCGCUUGACAGGGAAUUCAACUGCUCAGGUUUCAUGUCCUUCAUGUGUUUGUGAUUGUUCUUCAGAGGAUUUCCUCUCCAUACCUUUAGGAAUCUUCAACAGCUCAUUUCCAGACUGUGGUCAAGGCGAUCCCGAUAUGAAUGAGGAAAUGGGGAAGGAUUUUUUAGCUUUACUGUCAGAGGAGCUAAGUUUACAGAAAGCCGUUGCCAAUGAUUCCAUGCAACACACCAAAGCAUUACUAUCAGAUGCUUGGAAAACCUUUUCGCACUAUCAAAAGGAGGCAGAAAAGUGCAGUGUUGGAGUGGAAACUUGCGAGGAAGGAAGGGAGAGGGCUGAAAGACAACUUGCGGAGGAGCUUAAGCUUUCAGCCUUGUGGGAGAAACGAGCUCGUGAACUUGGGUGGAAGGUUAACAGAAGAAUAUAUUCAUGAAUUUAGUUAUAAUGCUUUUCUUGUAUGCUAGAAUGUUAGGUUUUUGGUUGUGACAUAGAUUGUACAACUAAUGCUUAAAGGCAUAUCUUGUGAAUAUAGAUACAUUGCUAAUAUUUGCCCUCCUAGCGGUCUUAUCUCUAAGAAUGAAACAUUGUCAGGCCACCUUCAAUGGAAAAGGAAAGGAGAUGAAUCAAAUGAAUCAAUGCUUUUAGAUUU